CUCUAAAAACUGAUUAAAAUAGAACUGAAGAAAAUAUAAAGCAUAAAGGUCGAAUAUUUAGGCAUGGCACCGGCAAAGAAAGGCAAAGGAAACAGUGAGCCGACUCGUCCGAGUCAACCCAGAGAUUUUCCAUCAUGUCUAAAAUCACUAUCUCCUUCUUCCGUCGCCAUUACCAUCCACGCUAAACCCGGUUCCAAACUCUCAGCUAUAACUGAUGUAAGUGAGGACGCAGUUGGAGUACAGAUCGAUGCUCCUGCUAGAGAUGGUGAAGCUAAUUCCGCUUUGCUUGAUUUUAUUAGCUCUGUCUUAGGUGUAAAAAAGCGGCAGGUUUCUAUCGGUUCAGGUUCCAAGUCGAGGGAUAAAGUGGUGAUUGUGCAGGAUGUAACGCUACAGAGUGUACUCGACGCUUUGAAUAGAGCUAUGAAAUCUUAGCUUAUGAAAUGACGAAAUGAGCAUUACAAGAGAGCCAUGUUGAACUCGUGUUUGCUUUCUUGUUUGUUCCUCUCAACGCUGACCGAGUAAACGCAGAUCGACAAAUCCACCAAUAUGACUAUUUUGUGAAUGGGGCAUUAUAGCUUUGUAUGUUCCAAGUAUUAAAUAUUGGUGCACAUUGCUAAUUUACACUUUUAUACCGUCUUUUUUAUAUUCUUCAGUUGCAGCUCCCCUUGGUUUUUAGUUCAUUAUGUAGUUUUUUUUUUUUUUUUUUUUUUUUUUUUUUUUUAUAAUAAUGUUCAUAAAAUUACAA